AUGCAAAAGGUCAGGGAUGCACAGAACACUGCCAGAUAAGAAGUCAAUAAACUUAAGAUUGGACCAACCAUGACAGCAAUUGCUACUUUUGGAGCAGCAAUCAUUUUUAUCACUCCAGUUAUCUACUACUAUUACAGUAAAAAUUAGAAAUAAGAAGAGUACUUUAAAAUGCAUAAAUAUCAGGAAAAUGAUGAAGACAAAGAAGGAGAAUUAUUGCUUUUGGAAUCUAAUUAAUAUGAGAUGAGGCCAGAUUAAGUUAAAGAUAUAGCUAAGACAUAGAAUAAAGGUGUGAUGGUCGUAGAUAUCAGCUUCUAUGACAAUCUUAAAGAAAUUUUUCAUAUAUUUGAAGAAGCAAAACCAAUUGAAUUAGGUUUAACUGACGGAGGGGCAUUAUUUGAACUAACAAAACAGUUUAUUGAAGCAAUUUUCCAUUCAUUCUUCUGUCAAAAUGCUUACAACUAGUUUAAAUAAGGAAAACUAGCCAAUAAAGACAUACACGAACUACUGAGAGAGUAUAAUAAAGGAGGCCACGAGUAUGAGAGUGGAAGUAUUGAUAUAUAAAACGUGAAGAACGCUGGAAAAAAUAGUAUUAAUGCCAAAAAAGGAAGCGGAUCACCACCUUCUUUUCUAAAUUUCAAAUCUCAAAAACUCGCAACUAAUAGAGAAGAAUAAGAUAUUAAGAGCCUAUAUGAUGUAUGCUUCGACAUUAUUAUUUACUUAUUGAUUUCGCUCAGUGAAAAUGAGGAUGGAGAGGUUAACUAUGACGUUUCAAGCAAUUUAAUGUAGACCUUCACAAGACAUUUGAGGAUGCAUUUUCAGCAGAUUGCAAGUUCCUCGAAUAGACAGUACUAAUACUGCUUACAAUCAGUUUUAGCUUUGAGUAAAAUUCUUUAAAACUCUAAGAACAUGAUGAGUGUCGCGAAGGAAAGAGGUAUUAUCAAUAAUUUGUUCCAAAUAGUGCCUAUUAUGUUUCGAGAAGAAGCUGAAUAGAUGAAUUAGCAUAUCAUAGGUUAGGCGGGACCUGAUUUUAAUUUGAAUACUCUAGUAAUUGGCUAGGGCUUUUAAGGCUCAUAGGGGUAUCAAUAAGUUUAGGUUUAGCAAGUAGGAUAGGGAGGUCUUCAAAGUGGAAAGAGUAGUAUAGCUAAUAUGGGAGGAAUCAAUAUGGUAUCCUAGAGUCCAAUAAAUUUAAAUUCAAAGAAUGAGGAAGAGAAGAAAGGAUCUUAUUUAGAUAAACCAAUCAAGAAGAAACUGAGUUUCAAUAGAGCUUCAUCUGAGCCUCCAUCAGGAAAUAAGAAUGCAGUGAUGCCCGUCAGGGAGGAUAUGAUUGAUGAGGAAGUUGACUAUGAUACAAAAGGAGGAUAGGAUGUUGAAAGCAGUAGAAAUAUAUAGCGAAUCAUUGGAGUUCAUGAAAAGAACAUCCCACCUUUGAUGAUGAGCUAAGUCUAGAGUAUGCAGUCUUAAAUUGCUUUACAACAAUAAAACUCUUCAAAUUCUGUAAUGAACAACUACUUCAAUAUGCCACUAGGCUAAUUCAAUACCACAAUCAACCAAAACUAAUAAAUUGGAUUCAAAUUUAACAUUAUUCCUCAAACUACAUUGGCAAAAUCCAGAUUGACUAGAAGACAAAUGUCAAUGAGCAGAAAGCAUACUUAAAAAAUGUCUUCAGUAUCUAACUUUGCUUAACUAAUGUAUGGAGAAGAAUCAGGAAAACACAGAGAAUAAAACAACAGAUUCGAUAUGAGCUCAUUCGAUUAAAAUGACAUUAAUCAACAAUAGAAAUCUGCUAGUCAAUAGAGAAAAGGUCCAUAGAUCCCUAAACUAAACAUUAACUCUAUAGUAUAUGACAAUAUUAACAGUGUUUAGCGAAUUGAUGCUCUUGGCUUAUAAACAACUAAUCAUGCGGCUGCAGCAUAGCUCACUCAUCAAAACAAAUCAAGCAACAGAUCUAACCAAAUUUCAGCAUAUAGUAACAAUAACUUUGAGAAUUAGCUUAAUGCUGUUUCUAAUAAAAUGGGUGGUAAUUUUCUUAGUAACUAUCAAACAAAUGCAAAUGUCAUCAGAUAGCAAGCAAAUGAAAGUGAUGAUCAUAACAUCUCAAUCUACGAUGAAAUUAACGGUUCAUUUGUUGAUGACUUAAAUGAUGGGAACAAUGGAUAUAUCUACGAUAAUGCAGAGGAAAAAUUAAGAUAGUUAGCAAUACAGUUAGGAGAAUCUUGUCUUACUAAUGAUUUAGCAGCAUUAAUAAGCUAAAAACGAGACCUUGAAUUAGUAAAAUCAGCUAGGAAAACAGUUACUAAUUUAAGGUUGAAUAGACAAGGAAUGCAAAAGAAUCACACAAUGAAUAUCAAACCUAUUUAAAGAAGCAUUAGUGUAUCAUAUACAGCCGAGAACAUAUUUAAAAAUAAAGGAUCAUAGAAAGAUUUCAGCGAUGUCAUGCAUAGUCUCAUAAAGAUGGACAAUCAAGCUGUUAAAAUGAAUCUAGAUUCAAAAAGGCAUUAGGAAACUGCUACAAUCAACAAAAGAACCAGACUUGUGGUACUGAAUUUGAUAUAUAUGCUCUUGAAGAAAUAUGAUAUUGAUGAGGCCAGAUUUUUGAAGCAUCCAAUAAAUGCAUUGAACAGUUAUAUUUAGUCUAAGGAAUUCUAAACUAGAAAGUAUUAAAAGUAGGUUUUGGCUCUUGAAAAUCAAUAAUUUUACUUGGAUAAGGAUAUAUAGUUGAACCCAGAUGAAAAAGUUAAAAUAUCUACAAGCGGAAGAAUCAUUAAUAUACAUUUGCAUGAGAGAAAUAUAAGAACUCUCUAAGCUGAAGAUAACUCUCAUCUAUAGUAAAUAACUGAAGUUGAAGUCAAUUAAUCUGAUACUGAAGAGAUAAAAGAGUCUGAUAGAUAUUAGACACAGGAAAAUUAAGGAGAAUAUUCAAGGCUAUCAAACGGCUAAAAUAAAUCUGAUAUUUAUCAUAGAUUCUAAUCCUUUAUCAGGCUUGAAGGAAAUGAAAAAUUGUCCUGUUUUUUAGAAAAGAAAUCAAUAUUCGAGCAAGAUUUUUACCAGGAAGAGAAGGUCAUAUAUAGCAUCUAUCAAAAAUUCACAUUUGUAAAUGAAGACAUUUUAAGGAAGUAGGUAAUGAAUGAACUUGCAAAUUUCGCAGCUAAAGACAAAAGCUUUGAUUCUAAAAUGUACAAUACUUUAACCUCUGCUAAGAUUCAUGGUAAUAGCUCUUUCGCAUAGGGUUUAUUUAUGGUCAACAAUCUAAUGGGGUCAAACAAUAAUCUGCCACCACCAAUUUCAGGCACUCCAAUUAAGAGCCUUAAUAACAUGAAUAACAAUUUAUCCUUUGAUGAGAAUGAUGAGGAUUUUUACUUCAAAAGAGAUCGUAAUGGAGAUGGAAUGUACAUACUAUAGAAUCCAAGUUAAAUGUGGAUGCACAAUGGAAUAGCAUAUGAAUUAAACUCCUCUAAUAAUUCUAAGUCAACUGCCUCUACAACUGUUUCAAAAGAAAAAAUCAGGAAAAAGCUAGAUGUCCUAUUGUAUUCAGUUGAUAGAAGGAUGAAGUACAUUUUGCAAUAGUAUUUCGAUAAGACUUAAACAAGAUUUGCUGAGGACAUGACUAAAGAGCUUAAUACACUAAACUCUUAUUUGGAGUAAUAAGCCUCUAGAAUAAUGCUUUAUCAAAUUAUUGAGGUAAACUUAGAAGCUCUUCUAAUGAUAAAGAAAUGCUUAAUUGAUUGUGCUCUUAAAACAAGUAAAUUAAUCUUAAUUUCAUAACUCAUCUAAUACGAAUUUAGGUACUUUUGUAAUGGACUUUAGUAAGCAUAUUGGUGCAAAUGA